AGCAAAACUGCAACAAACUCAGUUUUCCGUCAUGUUGCUUCAGAUAAACGGUCUGUUUUUUGUACUUUUAGUGUUAAAUUGUUGCAGUGUCGCGGUAAGUGACCCAGUAAACGUGACCGCCUCAGAUCUGAAACAAGUUUCCAAUCUGAGCCCUCCUGGCUCUGUCCCCAUUGCCAACUCUCCUCCUGUAUUUAAGCCUGCUUUGGGCUCUACGUUCUCCUUGACUUUGCUUUCUUCCUUCCCGGAAGACUUGGAAAUCAGUGAGUACUGCAGCGAGCUGCUCCUCGUGUUCGGUCGGCGGUACGUAGAUUAUGUGAACUGCCUGGUUCCUGCUGCUCGACCCGUUAAAGCCUGCCAGAACUGCUUCUCCGGCUAUGGCAGCCUUGUCGAGAUCUACACAAACAUCUCAUCAAACCAGAUGGGUCCUGGCAAUGUGAGCUGCAGAGACAGCCUACUGCGCAGUGAUCGGCUGAUGCUUGUUUACAUGCUGUUCAGUGGCCUACAAGACAUUUGGGAAAAAUCAGUCUGCUCCCACUGUGUCUCUGAUGGGUACCAGAGCCUGAGCAAUGAUACGCUGCACUUUUUGGACAUUCUCAAUCAAACUAUCACUUGUUUUGAGAAGUAUAAACAGGGAAACCUGACAGAUCUGUGCACCAACUGUAAAAGCUUAUACAAGAGCCUGAAUGACCUGUACGGCCAAAAGGAGCAGAACCAAACUCUGUGUAUUGACUUAGAGGAUGCGAUGAAUAUGACCCGCAGGCUUUGGAGUAAAACCUUCAACUGUUCCUUCCCCCGCGAGGAGACGGUGCCUGUCAUCGCUGUGUCCAGCUUCAUGCUCUUUCUGCCCAUCAUCUUCUACUUGAGCAACUUCCUUCACUCUGAACAAAAGAAACGCAAGCUCAUACACCCCAAGCGAGCAAAGUCCUCCACCAAUCUGAUCCACAUUCAGGACAAACAGAGCUGAGGAGGAUUGAACGUUCUUUAUGCCAUCGCACCACCUUAUUCCUGAGGGCUUUUACGUAAAGGACUCGACAGCAGUUCAUCUUGAUCAGUGUUCAAAGUAUCUUUUCAUAAAACCACUUCAUAAUGCACUAAACAGGUUUGGGGUUCAUUAACGUCAUUUCAAGGGUAUUUCUCAACGUUUCUGUCUUCAAAGUCAGAUAAGAAAAUUGUUUAUCACCGGGAAGCUUUUUGUUUGUUUAUUAUAGAUUAAAAGUAAUUUAUAAUAAUUGUGUAUCCAAUUUUGAAUUUAUAAUGAUGGAGAGUUAUGCAAAUUUUCCUAUUUAAUUCUCUGAAUU